AUGGAUACACGAAAUGCAUUUUUAUAUUUUGCUCAUGAUCGACAUCAUGAAUUUUUAUCUUUACGUCGUGCAAAAUUUUCUACAAUGGCAUUAUUAUAUGAAUUACAUAUAUCAACAAAAGAUAAAUUUAAAUCUAAUUGUAAUACAUGUCGACAACAUUGUGAUAUUCUUAAUCAUUGUACAAUAUGUGAAGAUUUUAAUUUAUGUGAAACAUGUUAUAAUAUUGAACCAACACAUGAACAUAGAAUGAAGCGUUCUGUUCCAUCAAUAGUUUCACAAUCACAACGUCAACGAUCAGUGCAACAUUGUAUUGAAGCAUUAUCACAUUCUGGUAAUUGUCGAAAUUCUACAUGUGAUAAGUGUAAUUGCUUUCGUUAUAAACGUAUUAUACAACAUACUAAAGAAUGUAUAGGACCAAAUAAUCAAUGUAAUGUAUGCAAACAAUUUAUAUUUGUUUGUUGGUAUCAUGCUAAAAUUUGCAUGGAUCAACACUGUCAAGUUCCAUUUUGUAUUAAUUUAAAAUCUAAAAUACAAAAACAACGAGCAACUAGUUUACAAAUAGAUAGCAGUCUUGACUCAAGUUAUGAUGCAACAAAUAACAAGCACAAUACAAUUACAAUCACUAUGUAA